AAAAAUGGAACCCACCAGCAGUAGUGAGGAGACCUGAAAGUGGCACAUGGCAGAGUGUGGCGAUGGAGACAGCAGCAAUGGGAGGCCGUACAGGGACCCAUGACACACUCUGGACCUGGAGGGCAGCAUGAGGAGGCAGUACAGGGGCCCAUGACAGAUUACGGGCCUGGCAGCAGCAAGAGGAGGCGGCCAUACAGAGGAGCCUAUGUUAAAAAAGUCCCCCCAGCAGCAGUGUGGGGAAGGACGACUAUCAAGAGUCCAAUGGCAGAGUGGCAGAGCAGAAGCAGCUUCAAUUGAAGAAGAAGAGGAGGAGGAUGAAGAAGAAGAAGAGGGAGGAGGAUGA